AUGGACCCAGUGAAAGCUUGCUCUAUAAAGCUGAAUGACGGACACCUCAUGCCUAUGUUGGGAUUUGGCACCUCUGCUCCUGGUGAGGUUGCAAAGAGCAAUGUAGAAGAGGCCGUCAAGACAGCAAUCAGUGUAGGCUACCGCCAUAUUGACUCAGCUUAUUUGUAUCUAAAUGAAGACGAGAUUGGGAGGGCCAUCUGGAAGAAGAAUGCCGAUGGCACGGUGAAGACAGAGGACAUAUUCUACACUUCGAAGGUGUGGGGAACCUUCUUCCGUCCAGAAUUGGUUCAAACUGGCCUGGACACGUCCCUGAGGAAGCUUGGGUUGAGCUAUGUGAACCUUUAUCUCAUUCAUUUCCCAGCAGCUUUGAAGCCCAGGGAGGAACUUUUUCCAAAGGACAAAGAUGGAGAAAUCAUUUUUGACACAGUGGAUUUCGGUGCCACAUGGGAGGCCGUGGAGAAGUGUAAGGAUUCAGGGCUGACCAAGUCCAUCGGCGUGUCCAACUUUAGCUGCAGGCAGCUGGAGAUGAUCCUGAACAAGCCAGGGCUCAAGUACAAGCCUGUCUGCAACCAGGUGGAAUGUCACCCUUACCUCAACCAGAGCAAACUCCUGGAGUUCUGCAAGCCCAAGGACAUCGUCCUGACCGCAUACGCUGCCUUGGGGUCCGACUCCAGGAAGGAAUGGGUGAACAAGAACACCCCCGCUCUCCUGAAGGAUCCAGUGCUCAAGGCCAUUGCCGAGAAGCACAGGUGCUCUCCUGCCCAGGUGGCCCUGAGCUUCCAGCUGCAGUGGGGGGGGGGGGUGGGGGUGGUGGUGGCCUUGGCCAAGAGCUUCAACGAGAAGAGAAUUCAGGAGAACUUCCAGGUUUUCGAUUUCCUGGUGACACCAGAGGACAUGGAAACUCUGGAUGGCCUAAACAAAAACAUUCGCUGUUUUGCAGAUCCUCCGUUUCCGUCCUCGAGCCUGGAUUUCACGACUCCCAUCCCCCGGACGACCACCACCCCCCAAGUAGAGCCUCCAACCCACAGGCGGAGGAGCGGCGCCCCCUGCCGCCAGAGCCGCGAAUGCGCCGGCGCCCCCCGCGGACCCGCUUCUGAAAUCCUCCGACGCAGGCGAGGCCUGGGGUCGCAGCUGGGGUGCCUGCCUGCUCAUCGACAGUCCGCGCCCUCGUGCUUUGCGGAGGGUUCUCAGACGUGCACGGUGCGACGGCAGCUGUGGGCCGCCCGCGCUUGGCCCAGCUGA